CGCGGCAAGCCCCACCUUUCGGCUUUCCCGCACCGUCAAUCAAAAUAGGAAAAAAAACCCGGAGUAGGCUCGGGCCGCCGCCGCCGCUUCAGCCCGCCGUGAGCACAAUAAGCAUGUCCCCGGCGGCAGCCGCCUAGCCCCAGCCAGCAGGGCCUGUGUGCGAGCCAGCCAGCCUGCCUGCCUGCCUGCCUCCCGCCCAGCCAGCCGGCCGCUCGCACUCACACCAUGACCGCUCCCGAGAAGCCCGUGAAACAAGAGGAAAUGGCUGCCUUAGACGUGGACAGCAGCAGCCACAGCGAAUAUCUCCAGCACGGCAACGGCGCCGCCUCGGCCUCCGCCGGGGCGGCCGCCCCCCAGGACGCGCAGCCGUCACCGCUCGCUCUGCUGGCGGCCACCUGCAGCAAGAUCGGCCCGCCGUCGCCGGAGGAGGAUGAGGCCGCCGCCGCCGCCGCUGCCUCUCACUCUGCCGGAGCGACAGGGGAUUUGGCUUCUGUGCAAUUAGCUGGAGCUCCAAACAGAUGGGAGGUCUUGUCUGCAGCUCCUACCACUAUAAAGGACGAAGCUGGUAAUAUAGUACAGAUUCCAGGUGCUGCCACAGUAACUUCAAGUGGGCAGUAUGUCCUUCCUAUUCAGAGUUUGCAAAAUCAACAAAUCUUUUCUGUUGCACCAGGAUCAGAUUCGUCGAAUGGUACAGUGUCUAACGUACAAUACCAAGUAAUACCCCAGAUCCAGACAGCGGAUGGUCAGCAGGUUCAACUUGGCUUUGCAGCCUCUUCUGAUAAUAGCAGUAUAAAUCAAGAAACUGGUCAAAUUCAGAUCAUUCCUGGCUCGAAUCAAACCAUCAUUGCCUCUGGAACAUCUUCAGCUAAUAUUCAGAAUAUCUUAUCUGGUCAGUCUGGUCAAGUCCAGGUUCAGGGAGUUGCAAUUGGUGGUUCGUCUUACCCUGGCCAAGCGCAAGUGGUUGCUAACGUCCCUCUUGGACUGCCAGGGAAUAUUACUUUUGUACCCAUUAAUAGUGUUGAUCUAGAUUCUCUGGGACUUGGCAGUGGUUCUCAAACCAUGACAGCAGGCAUUAAUGCAGAUGGGCACUUGAUAAAUACUGGACAGGCCAUGGAUAGUUCAGAUACUUCUGAGAGGACUGGUGAGCAAGUUUCUCCUGAAAUUACAGAAACUGCCACUGAUAAUGACUUAUUUGUGCCAACGUCAUCUUCAUCACAAUUGCCCGUUACCAUAGACAGUUCAAGUAUAUUGGAACAAAAUGCAAAUGACUUGACCACAACUAGUGGUCAAGUUCAUGGUUCUGAUCUUCAGGGAAAUUACAUCCAGACAUCAGUCUCUGAUGACACGCAGGCUCAGAAUAUUCAGGUCUCCACAGCACAGCCAAUUGUACAACACAUACAGCUACAAGAGUCGCAGCAGCCAACCAGUCAAGCCCAGAUUGUACAAGGUAUCGCGCAACAGACAAUCCAUGGUGUUCAAGCAAGUCAAAGUAUAUCUCAACAGGCUCUUCAAAAUCUUCAACUGCAGCUGAAUCCUGGAACUUUCCUAAUUCAGGCACAAACAGUGACCCCUUCUGGGCAGAUAACCUGGCAGACAUUUCAAGUGCAAGGAGUUCAGAACUUGCAGAACUUGCAAAUUCAGAAUGCACCUGGUCAACAAAUAACUCUGACUCCUGUGCAGACUCUCACUCUUGGUCAAGUUGCAGCAGGUGGUGCGUUGACAUCAACUCCAGUUAGUCUAAGCACUGCUCAAUUGCCAAAUCUACAGACAGUUACAGUAAACUCUAUAGAUUCUGCUGGUAUUCAGCUGCACCAAGGAGAAAAUGCUGGCAGUCCUGCAGAUAUUAGGAUUAAAGAAGAGGAUCCUGAUCCAGAAGAGUGGCAGCUCAGUGGUGAUUCUACACUGAAUACUAAUGAUCUAACACAUUUGAGAGUACAGGUUGUAGAUGAGGAAGGGGACCAACCACAUCAGGAGGGGAAAAGACUGCGACGAGUGGCAUGUACAUGUCCCAACUGCAAAGAAGGUGGUGGAAGAGGCUCCAACUUGGGAAAAAAGAAGCAACACAUUUGCCACAUACCAGGAUGUGGCAAAGUAUAUGGGAAGACCUCACAUUUGAGAGCUCAUCUCCGCUGGCAUUCUGGAGAGCGUCCAUUUGUUUGUAAUUGGAUGUUCUGUGGCAAAAGGUUCACUCGCAGCGAUGAGCUCCAGCGACACCGAAGAACGCACACAGGUGAGAAAAAAUUUGUCUGUCCAGAAUGUUCAAAACGCUUUAUGAGAAGUGACCAUCUUGCCAAACACAUUAAAACACAUCAGAAUAAAAAAGGUAUUCACUCUAGCAGUACAGUGCUGGCAUCAGUAGAAGCAACAUCUGAUGAUACUUUGAUUACUGCAGGAGGAACAACACUUAUCCUUGCAAAUAUUCAACAAGGUUCUGUUUCAGGAAUAGGAACUGUUAACACAUCUGGCACCAGCAAUCAGGAUAUUCUUACCAACACUGAAAUACCUUUACAGCUUGUCACAGUUUCGGGAAACGAGACAAUGGAGUAAAUAUUACACAAGAUACCUAUUAAUUGUGGUUAUUUUUAUACAGUAGUGAGAAGAAUAUUGUUCCUAAGUUCUUAGAUAUCUUUUUAUUGAUGUGCAAAAAUUUUUGGAUUGACAGUAACUUGGUUAUACAUGACACUGAAAUGCCUUACUUUGUAUGAUAUUCCAUAGUAUAUUAAAAUGGUAAAAUUGCAUGGGUUUUGUAGGUACUUUUGGAAUCUAGAAGAGAAGAAAUUUUACCAAGUUAUAUUAAAAAAAAAAAAAAAGAAUUUAACGAUGGAAAUGGUAGUCUAACCAAAUGCAUCAAUCCUGUGUGGUUUAGUGUAAAAAAAAUGAGAACAUGUUGGUAUUUAUCUAUUGUAAGAUAAAAGAAGUUGAUGGGUGAAAAGAAAUCACAUUAUGAUAAAAGAAAUUUUGUAAUUUUCUUGAUGACUGGAAUUUUUAUUAUGCAUAACUGACAAAUCAAGUUUCCAAGCAAAUGUUACAUAGUGUAGGCUUUACUUAGCUCAUCAACUUGUCAUUUUGAAGCUAAUUAUUUUAAUUAGGUUAACUAUGUACAAUAUUUUAAGCAUUACUCUUGUAAGAUUUUGCAAACUACAUUUUAACAUGGAACUCUAGGGAUAGUCACCUUUUAAAUCCUAUUGAAAAGCCAUGUUUAAGAUUUAAUUUGCCAAAAUGAUGUCUUGUUAAUAUUCUUUCAAUAACCAAGGUGGGCAAUAUAACCAAUGUUUAAAAAGCUUAAAAUGUUAAGAAAAAUAAAUAUGUAUAGGUUGAAGCAUUUGGGUGGUAAGGCAGAUGUUAUAGUGAAGUAUAUCCCUUCUUUUGAACAUUGGAGGACCAAAAAUAAGGUGUAUUGCGUCUCAGCAGUGAUUUUUAUCAAAUCUUUUUCCAAAAAAAACAUCUGUAUGCCAGGGCCUUAAAAGCCAUCAUGUAAAUUACCAGUAAAAUAUAACAUAUGCAAAUACAAAAGAAAAAUCACUUCCAUAUUGACAGUACUCCCAAACAUAUGGGUAUAGUCAUAGUGAACUAGGGGGGUUAUGAGGUUUUUGUUUGUUUGUUGUUUAGUUUUUGGUUAGUCAAUCUGCAUUUAAAUAUCAGCCAUCUUUCCUUUUUUGCUUCUUCCCUUAAAAAUUGUAUGUAUCCAGUACAUUUAACUGAUAAACAUAUAUGUUUUUUAUUAUGCUGAAUUUUCUUUUUAUUUUUUAAUUACUGUUUAUAUUUUCAAUUAUAGAAAAUGUACAAAAUGAAGUUAUAUAGCCAGUCUGUAAGUGCUAUACCAUUUUCAAAAAAUGUACAACAAUAAUUACUGCAGUUCACCUAUUUACAAACAUUUGGAAAUCUGUUCAUUUGUUAUUCUUAAAACCACCUCAAAUUUAAAGGCUACCUUAUUGUACGUUUAAAGUGUAUUAUAACAGUGUGGUAGUUAAUAAAACACUAUUUUUUUUUCUUUUGA